ACUCAAUAUAUUACAUCUAGAAUACCAUCUUCAAUAUGUGAUUCCUUUAAUUUGAUAUGUAUAUUUACUUAUCAUUUGCAAGUAAUAUUCUGUUAUUUUUAUUGCUUAAAUGUUUUAAUUAUAUCAAUUGUUUACACUCUAGAAUUUUAAUGGAGCAACCUUUAGCCUUCCAUAGUAUCGUAACUACCAAUAUACCUUAUAUUUCCCCAAACAAUAUAACUAAAGAUAAAUAUAUGAAUAAAAGUGAGAAUUUCAUAGUGAACUCGGAACCGCCAGAUGAUCUAUAUGACGAUUUUUCUUCCAGCGGAGAUGACGACUCAAAAUGUAUUUUAACAGGGAUAGAAGCACAUGUUCAAUUAGCCUCUCCAUACAAGGCUUUCUGCUCAUGUAGAAGUAUUGCUUCGCCCCUAACAACCCUAAACGCGACUAACAACCCAGAUCUGUAUAAAACACUACCAGCUGAUAACAGAAGGAAAGUUUACAAUGGUUUCAAAGAGGUAUUGGAGGAGAUUUCAUCAAAUUAUAAGCCCUCAAUAAGUGCUUCAAAAACACAUUAUAACCCUACCGCUCCUUUGAACUUCGAACAGUAUGCUAAGUUUUAUUAUGAGUCGACAGAAUUUAAAGACUACGGAGAUGUCGAUGAAAAGACUCUUAACGAAAUGCUCUCGAAAGAAAACGAGUAUACCUGUCCAGUUUGUAAAGGUGAAGUGGGAGCCACUCCAUACAUAUCUCCAAUGUCAUUUUUGUACGCUGUUGGGGUUUGUAAAGUUUUCAACUGUAAGAUAUCUAAUAAUGUAUCCUUUGACCGCAAGUGUUACGAAUACUUUGACUUGCCAAAGGGUUAUCAAAUUACUCAAACCCUGAACCCACUCGGAAGAGAUGGCAGCAUAAAGUUAAGCACCGGUAAGGUUGUUACUGUAUCAAAAGUCCAGUUUGAAGAGGACACUGCCAGGAGAGUGGAUGUUCAUGGGACCACAAAAACCCUUGAUUUCAAUAGGAGCGGAGUUGCUCUAGCUGAAGUGGUCACCGCUCCACUUGAGAUGACGAGGCUUGAAAUACUGGAGACCUGCAGAAAGAUUUACGAACUGGUCUUUCUCAACGGCCUAUCAAAUGGUAAUAGGUUUAGAGGAAACUUCAGAUUUGAUAUAAAUUUAUCUCGUCCUGAUGGAACGAACCGUGUGGAGGUUAAAAAUUUGAAUUCCUUUGUUACUAUUAACAAGGCCAUCAAUGAUUACGAUCCUGAAAAGGACUACAGUUUUAACUUUGAGAACUUUAAUAACCCGAGUGUUUUAACUAAAUUAGUCAGUGAAGAACAAAAAAACCCAGAAAAUAAGUCUGAGUCAAUCUUAGAAACCAUCAAGAACGUGUUUCUAUCGAUUUUGAAACACAUUCCCGAUAGUGACAAAUACACCCCCAUGGGCACAACACUUAAGUGGAACAAACACAAAGGUUUAGAGCCAACUAGAAGUAAGCUUCCCUCAGAUUGUUACGGAAACUACUUUGAGCCUAAUAUUCCAGUAAUAUACCAGAGUGAUGACUUGAUAAAGAGAAUCACAGACUGUCUUCCUAAAAGUGUCAAGGGCCUCCAAUCACUUUUGGAAAAGUAUCCAGAGGUAAACAAGGAGCUUUUGAAGGAGAUUUACAAGUAUGCUUCCUGGACAGAGUACUAUGAGAAGUUGUGCACCUAUUUAGAUUCACGGGUAGCUGCAAGUCACUUUGUGAACCUCUUGUUACCCGUCGUUAAGUUUUCUAAUAAACCCUUAAUGUCGCCUGAAAGGUUCUCAGAACUUCUAAAAUUAGUUUUAAACUACAAGUUAAACUUGUCAGAUGUUGAGGUGGAGUUACCACGCCUAUUGGAUUACACGGGUUCUUUUGAGGACUAUUUCAGGUCAAGGAACCUUCUUUUGUAUGAUUUGGACAAAACCAAGAAACUCAUUGACGAAUACCUUAAGGAGCAUCCUCUCGACUAUUCAAUGUCAAAAAAUCCUGGAUAUGUUGCAAGGUUGACUACAAAUCUUGUUCGUUCUCUAGACUCCAAGGUGAGCUACCAAUUUGUAAAAGAAUGCAUUACUAACAUGCUAAAGAAGUAAAUUUAAUAUUAUUGAGCCAUCU